GAAGUGCACUCUCAAACUUGUCGAUGAAUACAACCAUAUGCUUUGCCAAGCCACAGAGCCCUUGUCGACCUUUUUAGAGUACAUCAGAUAUGGUCACAUGAUUGACAAUGUUGUCUUAAUUGUGACUGGAACUUUACAUGAGAGAGAUGUUCAAGAAUUGCUGGAGAAAUGCCAUCCUUUGGGCAUGUUUGACAGUAUUGCUUCCCUGGCAGUUGCACAGAAUAUGAGGGAGCUUUAUAGGCUGGUGCUUGUUGACACACCCUUGGCUCCAUACUUCUCUGAGUGCAUUACUUCAGAGGACUUGGAUGACAUGAAUAUUGAGAUUAUGAGGAAUACUCUAUAUAAGGCGUACCUUGAAGAUUUCUACAGAUUUUGCCAGGAACUAGGUGGUGCUACUGCAGAGAUCAUGUCUGACUUACUUGCUUUUGAGGCAGACAGGAGAGCAGUUAACAUCACCAUAAACAGCAUUGGCACUGAACUAACACGUGAUGACCGUAGGAAGUUGUACUCUAAUUUUGGCUUGCUUUAUCCAUAUGGUCAUGAGGAACUUGCCAUCUGCGAAGAUAUAGAUCAGGUCCGUGGUGUCAUGGAGAAGUACCCUCCUUAUCAAUCCAUAUUCUCUAAGUUGGCUUAUGGGGAGAGCCAGAUGCUUGACAAGGCUUUUUAUGAAGAGGAAGUCAAACGCCUUUGCCUGGCAUUUGAACAACAGUUCCACUAUGGUGUAUUUUUUGCAUAUGUAAGGCUGAGAGAACAGGAGAUUAGGAACUUAAUGUGGAUAUCUGAAUGUGUGGCUCAGAACCAGAAAUCCAGAGUCCAUGACAGUGUUGUUUUCAUAUUUUAAUGAUCUGGUAAUUCAGAUUAUGUGCUCUCCAUACUCUUUUGUAUAUCUGAGUUGCACUGCAGUUUGUUGAUUAAUAUGAGUUAUUCUCCGGGUAAAGGUUAACCUCAGCUGUGUGAUGGGGGUCAUGCUUCGAAAAGUUAUCCUCCAGGAAACUUGCCAGUCCUUCUGCGCGCUUCCUGAGUUGUACUGUGAGUUGCGAAGAGAUGUUCAUUGUGUAUCUUCUCUAAUAAAUUCAGUGUAUGCAUGGUUGAAUAUCAUCUGGAAUGAUCCUUGGAUUGAUGUGUAUCUGAAAAUCUCUAUUUUUGAACUUUAUCACAAUAAAAUUCUGCAGUUGUGUUGAA